UUCUAGGUCAAAUGAUUAGUUCUGUGACAAGGCAGCAUGACACUUUGAAGUAUGACAGAAGCCCUGAUGCUGCAGCAGAGGCUGGGAAUAUUAAUGGCCAAAUCUAGAGAUCACAUGGUCUUCUAAAGAAGUCAUGGGUAGCUGUUGUAGCUGUCCAGAUAAAGAAACUGUCCCAGAUAACCAUCGAAACAAGUUUAAGGUUAUUAAUGUGGAUGAUGAUGGUAAUGAACUGGGUUCUGGUAUAAUGGAACUUACAGAUACAGAACUAAUUUUGUACACCCGUAAAAGGGACUCUGUAAAAUGGCACUACCUCUGUCUCCGUCGCUAUGGCUACGACUCAAAUCUUUUCUCUUUUGAAAGUGGCCGAAGGUGUCAAACUGGACAAGGAAUCUUUGCCUUUAAAUGUGCCCGUGCAGAAGAGCUAUUUAAUAUGUUGCAAGAGAUAAUGCAGAAUAAUAGCAUAAAUGUGGUAGAAGAACCAGUAGUAGAAAGGAAUAAUCAUCAAACUGAGUUGGAAGCUCCAAGAACCCCUCGAACACCUACUACUCCUGGGUUCAAUGCACAAAGUUUACCUAACGGCUAUCCCAGAUAUCCAUCUUUUGGAGAUGCUUCAUCACAUCCUUCCAGCAGACAUCCUUCUGUCGGAAGUGCACGCCUCCCCUCUGUCGGUGAAGAAUCAACGCAUCCUUUACUUGUAGCAGAGGAGCAGGUGCACACUUAUGUCAACACUACUGGGGUACAAGAGGAAAGAAAAAACCAUUCAAGUGUGCAUGCACCACUGGAAUCAAAGCUUUCAAACACUGAAACAACUAAAGUGAAAGAAGAUCAGAUGUGUACUGAUGACAGAGAUGCUCAGGUUCUCCUGGAGCCUGAAGGAGUGAAGUUUGUUUUAGGACCAACACCUGUUCAAAGGCAGUUAAUGGAAAGAGAGAAACUGGAGCAACUUGGGAGAGACCAAGUUAGUGGCAGCAGCACAAACAACACUGAAUGGGACACUGGGUACGACAGUGAUGAACGUAGAGAAGCACCAUCUGGUAAUAAAUUGGUGUAUGAAAAUAUAAAUAGGUUAUCAAUCCCUAGUGCCUCAGGGGUCAGGAGAGGUCGUUUGACAUCAACCAGUACCUCUGACACCCAGAAUGUUAACAACUCUGCUCAGAGGAGAACUGCGCUGUUGAACUAUGAGAACCUGCCAUCCUUGCCUCCUGUCUGGGAAGCCCGCAAGCUGAGUAGAGAUGAAGAUGACAGUUUAGGACCAAAGACCCCAUCUCUGAAUGGCUACCACAACAACCUAGAUCCCAUGCAUAAUUAUGUCAAUACAGAGAAUGUAACAGUACCAGCAAGUGCUCAUAAAGUAGAAUUUACACGACGUCGGGACUGUACCCCAACAGUCUUUAACUUUGACAUUAGGCGUCCAAGUUUAGAACACAGGCAGCUCAACUAUAUACAGGUUGACUUGGAAGGUGGUAGUGACUCCGACAACCCUCAGACUCCAAAAACCCCCACCACUCCACUUCCGCAAACUCCAACCAGGCGCACAGAGCUGUAUGCUGUGAUAGACAUUGAAAGAACUGCUGCUAUGUCGAGCUUGCAAAAAGCACUGCCCCGAGAUGAUGGUACUUCUAGGAAAACUAGACAUAACAGUACUGACCUGCCUAUGUGAGCCUGGGAAGCAUUAAAUCAUUUGCACCUUUUGUGAAGUUUAUAAAAUUGAAGAUGCAAGUACUUUGCAUUUCUUAACACUAACGCCUUUUAUAGACUAAUAGAAAUUUUUCUGCAUACUUCAUGUACUUGUCUAACUAAAGGGAAUUAAUGUAGAGCAAGUAUUCAUUUAGGUAACACUAUUUCAUUCUACGGUAGUAGUAAUUACUGCAUAGCAGCAUCGCCACCUUUCACAGUGCCUCUUUAAAUUGAUUAGAGUCUUGAGUGACAUGCCAGUUUUGAAUUUAGAAAUAUUCUUGUCUGGUGCCUAUACUCAUUAAUGGCAUUUAUAACACUUUUUAAAGCCUCUUGAUAUGUGCGUUAUUAGCAGGUAAACCUAAUCUUUCAAGAUAUGUAUCUUACAUUCAUUCCUCACUGAAGUUGCUCCUCCAGAACGAAGUGUAUGUAAUGCAUUAAUUCACUCAGUUUGACAUACACAAGGUAUAUUGGUUCAUCUCAAGGGAUAUAAACACCACACCUUUUGUCUGUGCUUGUGUGUGUUUUUUAUUUUUAAGACCACAUGGGCAAGAAGGCCUCUGAUAGUUUUCUUAACUUGAUUAUUUGAGAGGUCACAUCCAAGUUUGUUGAUCAGAGCUAUGAACACAUCUAAACCCAGCCUUAAGCUCCUUCCACUAGAAGAGAAUUCCAAGUGGCGUAUCAAGUUCCCUGUGAAAUCUGACAGAAUUUUGAUCUCAUUAGAGUU